AACAUAAGCUUUGUCGCCAAACAUUGCGCUCCAAUUUAGUGAAACGUCAACAAAAAUCGCUCUUUACACUGUAAACACGAAUUUUAAAUGUUCACUACAGCAGCCCAAAGCGCGUGCAACGUAAAACGGCAAACGCGUUUCAGGUCCUACAAGGCAAGACCGGGUGACAGUUUCGUGAAUUUUGUAACCUUCUAGGGUAUAACCGAAGGAAUUUAUAUAAAGUAGAUCAACGACGGAACAGAAAGAAUAAAUCUGCAAAACAGUCUUUUCCAUUGUGAAGAAUUUUUCCAUUAAAAAAAAUCAUUAUCAAAGAGAGAAAAAUUAUGGCAGCAGUUGAAGAAGGACAAGUAAUUGGGUGUCACACAUUGGAUGUCUGGAAAGAACAUAUUAACAAGGGCAACGAAGCGAAGAAGCUGAUUGUGGUUGAUUUUACUGCUUCAUGGUGUGGACCAUGUCGUAUGAUUUCACCUAUCCUAACCGAGAUUGCCAAGAAGUUGCCUAAUAUUUUGUUCCUUAAAGUGGAUGUCGAUGAAUUGAGGACUGUUUCUGAGGAAUGGAAUGUCGAAGCAAUGCCUACUUUUGUUUUCUUGAGAGAUGGAAAGGAGGUUGAUAGGGUUGUGGGUGCAAAAAAAGAUGAGUUGCAGAAUACAAUCGCGAAGCACUCUUGCUGAUCAGAUAAUAUUGCACAUCACUCACUUCUCGUUGCAUAUUAUAUUGUAGUUUGCUUUCCAUAUCUAUCUGUGUGGAGUAGAUUUUUAUUGUGCCUCAAUAAUAUGAACUAAUCAAAGCUGAACUAACUAAGCCUCGGGUUUUAGUGUCAAAUCUGUAUGGAGGAAAUAUAUUUGGGAUUUAUGACUGGUGUAUUUUGAUAUAUAAGCAGAAGAAUUAAUGUGAUAUGCUUGUCCCUUUUGUUCUUUCCUGUAAUUUCAUGUAUUUGCUCUCUCUUUAUGUAUGUUCA